UUGUGGCGCUUUGGAGGAGUGAGCUUGAGAGACGGGAGGAAAAAAAUGAUCUCUACCCGCAGGAGGAGGACGAGAAAUUGGAAUGACAAAAUGGAACAUUAACGUGCAAAAUAAAUCAUUUCUGCAAACCGGACCCAAACGGUGACUAAUCGUCAGAAAACCCGGUGGAUGAAGAGUUAAGAAACGACGUCGCAAAUGUUGAUUUCAAUAUAGCUACAAAGGAGCUCACAGUAUGAACCCUCUUAGUAAUUUUGACGAUUUACACAGUCCGUGGAUAGCCUGCCGUAAUAUAACAGGGUUGUUUUCAUUUUAGUCGUUUCUGUUACAAAGUAUUUAGCUAGCUUGUCAACUGUAUUUUGAAGAACAGUUACACAUUGUGAAGCGCCGUUGCGUUACUCCUCACGACGAAGAGUCAAGAAAGUCGAAACAGGCUCGAUUGUGGAAGUCUCCUGUGGUGGGCAUGCAGAGAACCUGAGAGCAUGGGCCGCAGGGCAUUCUGGGAGCUUGGCACUGGGACUCCCUUGACAAGUUGUAGACGAUGACGGGGCACAUUAUGACGGCAGAGCAGUGAGGCCUGGCUGGACGUUACCCACAAUCCCCCUCCUCCCUGUGUUAUGUGAGACCAUGCUGCGCUUCCUACCCCUCAAGCUGGGCCGUCUGUACCGCUGCCUGAAACUGCUGCUGGUGGUGGGCCUGUUCGUCAUCCUGCUGAUGAACACGCACAACCUCUUCGCCUCCUUCCAGAAGAACGAACUGACCGACCGACGCUUCAUCAACCUCAACAAGUGCCCGGCCUGCUUCGGCACCAGCUGGUGCCGCAAGUUCAUGAACGGGCAGGUCUCCUUCGAGACGUGGGGGCGGCUGCGCUUCCUGGACGUCUUCAAUGUCAAAAACGUCUAUUUUGCACAGUACGGGGAGCCGAGGGAAGGCACCAGGAGGAUAGUUCUCAAGCGCCUGGGCUCCAACCAGGAGCUGGCCGACAUCGACCAGAAGAUCUGCAAGCGGGCCACCGGCCGCCCGCGCUGCGACCUCAUACAGGCCAUGUACAAGACGGAGUUUGCGCGUCUGAACGGGGACGUGCGGUUGCUGACCCCCGAAGUGGUGGAGGGGUGGUCCGACCUCGUGCAGUGCCCUUCCCAGAGGCUGCUGGACCGGGUGGUGAGGAGGUACGCCGAGACUAAAGACUCGGGGAGCUUCCUGCUCAAGAACCUAAAGGACACGGAACGCAUGCAGCUGCUGAUGACCUUGGCUUUCAAUCCCGAGCCCUUAGUGCUACAGAGCUUUCCGUCGGACGAGGGCUGGCCGUUCGCGAAGUACCUGGGGGCGUGUGGGCGGAUGGUGGCAGUGAACUAUGUGGGGGAGGAGCUCUGGAGCUUCUACAACGCCCCCUGGGGGAAGCGCGUGGACCUGGCCAAGCAGCUGAUGGACAUCGCGGAGCAGCUCACCAACAACGACUUCGACUUCGCGCUUUACCUCCUAGAUGUCAGCUUCGACAACUUCGCCGUCGGGCCCCGGGACGGGAAGGUCAUCAUCGUGGAUGCGGAGAAUGUUGUCGUGGCAGAUAAAAGAUUAAUAAAACAAAACAAACCGGAGAACUACGACGUCUGGUACGAGAGCAAGUUCGAGGAAUGCGACAAGGAGGCAUGCCUCUCCUUCUCCAAGGACAUCCUGUGCUCCCGCGUCACCGUCGACCACAACUACUACGCCGUCUGCCAGAACCUGCUGUCCAAAUACGCCACGUGGCGCGGCACCACCGGCGGGCUGCUCCACGACCCCCCCGCCGACAUAGCCAAAGACGGACAUCUCGAAGCCUUAUUGGACGAGUGCGCCAACCCCAAGAAGCGCUACGGCCGGUUUCAGGCAGCUAAAGAACUGCGCGAAUACCUCGCGCAGCUGAGUGGCGCCACGAGGUAAUGAACGGGGCGGGUGCGCGUCGGUAGCUCCUUUAUCCUCUCCUGCUUCUCAGCGCGGCGGCGGCAGCGAAGGCCGUGGCGGCAGCGUUCGUUUCACAUCGGAAACCGUAUGUCGGAACUGGAAUCCUUUGAUCCUUCGAACUGAGUUCAUAAACCGUCUCUUUCGUUUACAUCAUGUCACUUACCUUUUUUUUUUUUGUUGUAAUUUAUUAUUAUUUUUUUUUUUUGCAAUGUGAAUCACUCCAUUGGAUUUCUAUGAUCAGAGCAGGGCAGUGAUGAACUGGUUACGUUUGCACUUACGCCAGGGCUCCGCUGUUUUCCAAAGGGGCCGGUGGAGCUGUGAUCAGGGCACUGCAGUCGGAACUUAAAUGGCUGUAUGAAUCUCAACGCGUCCACCUGAUAAAGGGCACACAGACAUCAUCCUUAUAGAGGUUUAUUGUUGAUAAUGUCCCGGGUUGUUGUAGUUCGCUCCCCUCUGAAAAGGGAUUUUAUCAGGACCCUGUUAUGUUUUGAAUAAUUCAUUUUCAAUGAUCACUUGCAAUGUGCUGAGCAUAUCUGUCUUAGCUUUUGUUUUUCUUAAUUCGGUGUAAAGAUAAACUCUUGAUAGGGUGUAUCGUAGCCCACCGGGGCACUGCGGUGAGUCUAGGUGUAACUCCCUCAGUCUGGCACUGGGAUGACCCUUUCUGUACAGGGAGACGGGGCUGGAAGAACCCCCCUCCGCCCUUAGAGGCUGGAAGAGUGUUUUUGGCUGUGUUCAGUAGCCCCUUUCCCAUCUUUUAGGGCCAGAAUGAUAACCGCUAAUGGAAAUUUUAGGAUUCCUUCUGGAUUCCUUCGGGGUUCUGGAUCUCGUUUCUAUUACAAUUCCUUUCACAGACUCCCAUCACCC